GUGUGAAGUUGCAAUUGAAUGCACAGUCUGCAUUUCCUUUGUGCAAUGACAUUUUGGAAGGAGAAUUCCAGGGGCAUUUUGAACAAAAACGUGUUUUAAGGAAAGGAGCAUUUACUGGAGGUGUCUAAUAGUGAAGAAAGUGAGACACUAAGAGGUUUCGUUAUUCAUGUUCCCUGUCGUUUUUUUUUCUUUCGUUUUCUCCUUAGUUCUGCAUUUUAAACCUUAUUUUUCUCUGAAUUUCCCAUUCCUUUUCCUGGCACUUUGCUUUGGGAAAAUCUGUUUUUUCUGUUUAACUUGUAAAAAAUGUAUAAUCAGUAAUUGAAUUUCUGCAGCUACGUUUUGCAUGUCUGUCUGUGUUCUAUGUUCACAUGUGUGUUUGACAUGCAUGAUGCUGCUGUGAUUUGUCAGAGAGGAGACUGGUUUGUUGACGCAGAGCAGGUCCAUGAGACCAAGGGCAGAUCAGAUCAGAUCUUCUAGGACCAGGGAGCAAGGUGAAUUUAAGGGGCUGGUUUAGAUUCUCUUUGUUAGAGCUGGCCAGAAAACAGAAUUUCUGUCCUGUGGAAAAUUGAAAGGUUUUGGAAGUAUUUCAUCCCAAUUCAGGACAAAGAAUAGAAUCUCACAAUAUUUUUUGUGGGAGAGAAAUUGAAAAAAUAAUCUGUUUUUGAAGAAUGAAAAUGGAUUUUUUGUCUUGCUGGCAAAGUGACAGAAUGACCAUAUCCUGCAAUAUCCUGAACAAACUUUAUGGAAUUCACAUAAACUCAAUUGAAUUAAGUUAAACCUUUUUGAAUUAGGGUUAAUACCUUUCAGGUACAUUGUGGGUGUGUUGUUGUGGCAUUGUAUGUACCUUCUCUGGUAGGGAAGGUGGCUGUUAAUGAACCUUCUCCAUUAUCAGCUUUGGAAGCUGGCCCUUCUCCAGAGAGAGACGCAUAUACUGGUUCAAACUGGGUUCUCCAGAGACCAACAGACAAAGAAAAGAUUGUUGAAUAAAGAGACAGAGUUUAAAAUGACUCUGGGCCUUCUUCCUGAUCCAGCAAAUGGACAGGACACCUGGUCCACAGAGGGUCCCAAUCCUUAGUGUAGGAUCAGGGGAACUUGGCCUACUGAGGCCUCAUAAGACAGACCGGAAAGAAAAGACAGCUUGUUCUGAGCUGAAGUGCUGAUAAACUUGUAGCCACAAGGUAGCCUCUGUGAUGAGGGUAUUGAAAGACUGCUCCUGCGACAGCCCCUGUUAGAGGUCUCCGAUCUCCGGUAUAUGAAUGGUACAGAUUGAAAAGGAUUAUGCAGAGUGGUACAAGAGGGGAUGGAGAACCGAGGGAUUACACCAAGCAAAGAAACAUUUAGGCUUAAUUUCAGGAGAAGUCUAUUCAAUUUUGGAAUUCUACAAGACUUGGCCAUGGAUGCAGAUACAGAACUCUUGGAAAAGAUUAGUCUGAACGAAUCUGCCUCCGAGAUGGGGGAGGAAAAAGAAAAAGACUUGGGAAACAACAGCAACCAUGCUGCACCAUCCCUGAUCUCCAGCCUCCAGGAAGGGGCCUCUGCACUGAAUACUUACACAGCAGAGGAGGAGAAGAGCAAAACACCUCCAGAGAACAAGGGCCAGAUCAUUUUUGAUGACCACAUACACCUGAAAUGGGUUGAGUGGGAAGGGUCAGUUCCAAGGGGGGCAGUUUCCAUCUGGAAUGAGGAGGCAUCUCGCACAGACUAUGUCUGUGCAGAGGCAGGAUGUUCUGUUGGGUUUUUCAAUGAAAGUAAAGGUCCAUAUUGUUACUAUUCCAAUGCUGAUCAAGAACAUCGCACCUCAAACUUCAGAAUGUUGGUAAAUGAGGAUAACGUUGAAGUGCUAGAGUGGAAGGAAGGAUCAUUUGGUUCUGUUCCACCAAAGUCAGUUCCAAGCUAUCCAGGAGUUAAUGUUUUUGUUGGUAGGAAUCGUUAUGGCUUAGGGAAAGUAGUCCCUAGGUUUGAAGCUUUCUUCUUACCUCAGAAUGGCAAAGAGAAGUGUUACAAAGAAUACGAAGUUCUGACUGUUAACACAUCCAAGAAAUAGCAAAAGUUCAGUAUUUAAUAAAUAAGGCAAAAUUUUCUUACCAAUCAAUUCCAAUCUUAACAUUGUCCAAAAUCCUUAACAAUUUUCAAAAUAUAAAAGAAACCACAACUGAUGAGCAAUAUUGAAAAAUUGGUCACCCCACUUGAAAUGGAGUGGUUUCCACUAUCAGCACAAAAGUUCCCAUUUUCAAUGGGACAUCAGUACGUUUUUCAUCAGAGAUAACUUUUCCAUCGUAUUGGUGCCAGUCGUACCAAGUUGCGAAAACAUCUGUCUACCUGUGAAAUGAAUAACCACCAUUCAUGAAUGUGAGGUGGUCAUGAUGGGUACAGAGAUGAGGGCUCAUAUACCCUAACCAGCCACACUCAUCCGUACUUAUCAAAACAGAGAAACUCUUGGCAACACCAUUCGGGAAACAGGCACCAACAUCCACAUCUCAGAUGUGAACGCUGAGUUGAGACCGUGCCAGCCCAUAAGAAAUGCUGAACUAUGUCCAAAGGAGUCUGUAGUCCCAGUAUCAGCAGUAUGGAAAACGGUUGCUCUACUUCAGGCUUUUUCUUUUCCCAGAUUUUAAUCUUGCCAUGGAAUUAGUAUAACAACUUUAUUGUUAUACUAAUUAACAACAUAAUUUUAUUUAGGGUUAUUGUUUUCUUUUGAUACUGAAGGUUGGGACCAAGACCAGCAUACAACCCCCUGCCAGCGCCCAAGGAACACCUCGUUAUCCACUAUCCACUUUAUUCUCUGUUCUUAUGCCCUCAACUGCCAUGUAUAAUGCUGAACAGCCACAGGAGAGUAAAAAGAAGAUAAAUGUU